GUUAAACUCAAAUCUGAUGUACCAGAACCAACCGGUACCUCUGUUGUUCCCUAUUGAGACAACUUGCCAAAAUGUCCAGUUCAAAGGCUCCUUAGUUCCCUUUGACGGUGAAGUAAAGACAUUUGUAGAUGGACGCCACCAUUAGUCACCUGCAGUCUUCAGAGAAACCAUACAAAGGAACCUGUAACUGUAAUGACUCCUGGAAGGCGCUUAUCACAACCCAGAUGGUCAGCUCAAGAAACCCCCCGCUUCAGAGACACUAUACAGAUGUGGUCAGUGUGGUGAGAGCUUCACUCAGAACUGAUGCUUCAUCAGAGAGACCGCCUGAAAGGAAAAGCCUGUGGGUGUGAGCCUUGUGGGUCAGGCCUCACCAGGAGCUUGUCUGCUGUCCACCAAGCAGUCCCCAUGGAUGGGAAACCGUACAAGUGUGACAGGUGUGGGAAGGGCUUCACCAGGAGCUCAAGUCUGCUCAUCCAUCAUGUUGUCCACACAGGUGAGAAACCGUACAAGUGUGAACGGUGUGGGAAGGGCUUCAGCCAGAGCUCCAAGCUGCACAUCCACCAGAGAGUCCACACCGGAGAGAAGCCCUAUGAGUGUGAGGAGUGUGGCAUGAGCUUCAGUCAGUGGUCAAACCUGCACAUCCACCAGCGUGUCCACACAGGAGAGAGGCCCUACAAGUGUGGGGAAUGUGGGAAUGGCUUCAGCCAGAGCUCAGACCUUCGAAUCCACCUCAGAGUGCACACUGGGGAGAAGCCCUACCACUGUGGCAAGUGUGGCAAGGGCUUCAGCCAGAGCUCCAAACUCCUCAUCCAUCAGAGAGUGCACACCGGGGAGAAGCCCUAUGAGUGCAUCAAGUGUGGGAAGAGCUUCAGCCAGAGCUCCAGCCUGCACAUCCACCAGCGGGUUCACAGGAAGGACCUUCACUGAGUAAUGAGUCCGCUCAGGGUUUCAGGAUACUUUCAUUGUGAAGAUAAAUGUUUCAUGGCCGAGGGCAGAGAUCAGCAUGGAUAA